AUGAAACAACGGAAAACCCUAAUGUGCGAAGACCAAUACUACUACGACGAGCGUUUUAAGCAUUUCUACCGGAAGAAGGACAAAACCAUCUUACCAAAAGAAGUUCUUCUCCCUCUCACACCCAUUUUGGUAAAUCCAAUUCGCGCGUCUUUGGCUUCCACAUCGCAGAUAUUGGAGGCUGCUCAGUACACAAUGGGAAUUUCUUUCAAAAAAAUGACUUCAUCAGCACCACUCUGCUCGUUCCAGACCAACAAUCAUCUCAAUAUAUUGACAAGAACUUCUUUUGAGAUUUUCAAAUUUGAGAAUGACAAUCUAGUCCCGUUACAGAGUGUCGGGUUACCCGGGGAGGUCUUUAAAUAUUCGAUCUCUCAAACUCUCCCACACUUACAAUUACAGAACGUUUUCGUCUUACUUGUUAUUGUAAGGGGGAAAAUGGUGUUAUAUGAAUACUUAGAUGGCAACAUAGUCAAACAAACUCCUUUAGAGAAAUCCGUGACGACCAUGUGUUUGGCCGAUAAUGACGUUGUGAUGACAUCCAAAAAUUAUAUUCAAUUUUCUUCAACACAGCAACGAGUUUCUUUAGUCGGUAAUAUUACUUGUGUUGUAUAUCCCUAUGUGAGUACUUCCAAAGGAACACUCUUUAAAAUUAGUAACGCAAACAACAGAAUCGAACAAGUCACAUUCGCCACUUUUGAACGAGGAAUUCUCUCCUUCCAAUUACUCGACAAGUUUAUCGUCGUUCAACUUUCCAAUUUAGAUGUCGUCGUGUUAAACUUGUUAAACAAGACCACUUCUAUUGUCAAAACACCAUUCAAACCAACUUCUUUUAAAGUUGUCAAGAAUUAUAUACUUAUGACCUCUCCCUCAGAGUUCGCUCUUGCGCUGAUCGACGAAAACGGAAUUGUCGAUUAUAUCACUCAUGAGAAAAAAGAACUUGUCAAUUGUAUACCUUUGAUCCUCUUCGAUGAGUACGACAGACCGAGAGUCUCGUUUGUCGGCUCACAAGACAUAUUUGUGUCAUUUUGA